CCGCCCCCUAGGGCGGGAACCUCCGUCGGGGUUGGUCGAUACUGCUGUCGUUUAUAUUGAGUUCGAGGGUCAGAGGGCGCGAAGUUCCAGAUGCUGCUAGGUGUUCAAUGAUCACACGUCUCGGUUCAAUAGCAGCAAGGCUUCACCUCAGAUUGUUCCCAAGAUUGAGGACUCCUCUGCUCUCCUUUCUGUUAGUUUUCCAGAGGUAUAGCUCCACUAAAACCGGGAAACUGGCUUCUCACGGCUUUGCUUCCAUGGCAGCAAUGUCAUCCUUUCCCCCACAGAGGUACCAUUACUUCCUAGUGUUGGAUUUUGAGGCCACAUGUGACAAGCCCCAGAUCCACCCUCAGGAGAUAAUUGAAUUCCCCAUCCUGAAGCUGAAUGGCAGGACAAUGGAGAUUGAAUCCACUUUCCACAUGUAUGUGCAGCCAGUGGUGCAUCCUCAGCUCACACCUUUCUGCACUGAGCUGACUGGAAUUAUUCAGGCCAUGGUGGAUGGACAGCCUAGUCUCCAGCAAGUGCUUGAGAGAGUUGAUGAGUGGAUGGCAAAGGAAGGCCUUUUGGAUCCCACGGUCAAGUCUAUUUUUGUUACCUGUGGAGAUUGGGACUUGAAAGUAAUGUUACCUGGACAAUGCCAGUACUUAGGGCUUCCAGUUGCUGAUUACUUCAAACAGUGGAUUAAUCUCAAAAAGGCAUACAGCUUUGCCAUGGGGAGCUGGCCAAAGAAUGGGCUGUUAGAUAUGAACAAAGGACUGAAUCUACAGCACAUAGGAAGGCCUCACAGUGGGAUAGAUGAUUGCAAGAACAUUGCCAACAUCAUGAAGACGCUGGCCCACAGAGGGUUCAUCUUCAAGCAGACCUCCAAGCCCUUUUGAUCUCUGGGGCCGGCCGGACAGGGCUGCAUGCGGCCGGCUCCUGCUACAUGGGUGCGAUGGGCUGGAGCAUUCGAAUGACAGAAAGAGGACAGAGGAACGAGCAACCCCACAACUCCGUCAGUUUUGCUGUUCUGCCAGUAGAGGCUGUAUAUAUGGAACUGGAUUCUCUGUGUAGGCCUGAAGUGACUCCCUCUCUAGGGCCAGCUGCCUGCCCGGCCUGGUCCAGCCUGCAGCCCCCUAGGGCGCUUGCUCCACAUGGUUAGAGACGUAGAUUGUUUUCCCUUUGUUGGCUUCUGAUUCCCAUUGGCGUCUUUCUCUCUCUCUCUCUCUCUCUCUGCUCACAAUUGCGCCUGUAGCAAGACCGUGGUGCUAUGUUCUGGGCACUUGCCCUCUUUAUUUUGAGUACAUUAUCUCAAGAGCUGCGGUCAAGCCCCUCUUCUCCUGUGUGAAUCUGUUACUGUGUCUCCUGCGUGUCAGCUAAAUAUUGACUGAGCAGCAUCCAGACAGUCCCCUUUCUGCAGCAGCCUUCUGCUCGUUCCCUUUCUGAUUUCAAUAAACACUAAGCCCCAUCCCUGGUUCCUCCUGUAUGUGAUUAAGGAAGCUCGGCUCUUUCUGUUCAAGGUGAAGUGCCUGUAUUCCAUGCCCACCAAAAGCCACCUAUAUCCCUGGGAUUUCAUUCAGCAGGGGCUAUAUUACAUGCUAGAGCAUCCUGGUAGAUGCUCAUCUGACGUGCAGCACUUCUUGCACCCAGGUCUCUUGUUGGUGCAUCCUCAGAAUGUCAGGGACCCUAUUUAAGUGGUUUUUUUUGUGCUUGCACAUGACCAUCAUGUAGUAUGCAGUCCAUUGCAGGCAGUGGACAUGCCUGAUAUACUGCUUGUCCAGCCAAGGAGUUGUAUUCCCAGUCUCAGUACACUGUAGCAAUCUGCAUAACGAUUGAAAUCUCUGUUUUUUCCCCUUUACAAUCUGACUAAUUUCCCUUUUCACAACGGCUGAAACCAAUGUGUUGCCUGAGAGAUAUGGCCUACUCCAGUUCCCAAUGCCCUGCGUCAGUAUAGGGGGAGGAAGAUCAAUUUUCUUCUUCUCCUAACUCAGUGUUUUCCUGACAGAAUAUCCUUCCCUUGCUGAAUGGACCCCCAGGGGCAUAGGCUCCAGCUGCCAUCAACUUGGGAGCCACAACAAGAGGGCUCUGCUCAUGCAGCAAUCAGGCUGUGUGAGCCGAUACAGGCACUGGGCCUUCCCAAUAAUAAUGCAUGGUGUGUGGAUGUUCCAGCUGAACCCAACCUGACCUCUUCAUUGGCUCGUUACUCCCAUCCUUGCUGUAAAUGUGCCACAUGAAUAAAGUUUGGGGGAAAGGAACUUGGCUCUUAUGUGCUGCAAGGGUGUGGGCGUGACCUUGCCAGCUACAGUAUCUCCUAAUGAGUGUAUUGCCGCCUCCUUCUAAAGCCUCUUUAAAUACAAAAUGGCUGGCAGUUUCUGCAUAGAUAUUUGCUUCAUUCUCAAAAAUAUCUGCGCUCACAGUAUUAUUUACAAAUAGCAUUCAGGGAUUAGUAUCUAUUUCCUUAGUUCUUCAGUAGGAGAGACUAUGAGGAAAGGGACUACUCUCUUUUACUAGUCAGGUUCCUGUAAGCAGACUUCUUCUUUCCGCUCCUGACUUGUGUUCUUGAAGAAUGGGAAUAGCGAUAGGUAGUAGGAAGAGACCAGAGACUAGUAUGAAGCUUAUCCAUCAGGCAACAGUUAAAAAAACACAAAAUUAUUUUGUGUGAAAUGAGAAUCUAGAGCUGGCAAAUAUUUAUACCUCAUUUCUGUCUCAUUGCACAACCAGGGAUAAUUUGUACACGGGGUGUAUAUUGGUUCUGGGACCACAAGAAAUGGGAGAGCAAAUUCCCUAUCUUAAGUAUACAAGAAAAAUAGCAUAAUAUUAUAUAUACUGCUAAUAACUGGUCAUUGAUACUGUUUAUACACAGUACAGGUAGUCCUUGACUUACAAACACAAUUGAGGUCAAAAUGUCUGUCCUUAAGUGAGCUUUGCACCAUUUCACAACCUUUCUUGCUACCAUUAUUGACUAAUUGCUGUUGUUAAGUUAGUAACACAGUUUUUAAGUGAAUCUGGCUUCCCCAUUGACUUUACUUGUCAGAGGGUCACAAAAGGUCAUCCCAUGACCCCAGAGAUUCAUAAAUACAUGCCAGUUUCCAAGUGUCCGAAUUUUGAUCAUGUGCCCAUGGGGAUACUACAAUGGUUGUGUGGAAAAAAUGGUCAUGUCACUUUUUUCAGUGCCAUUGUCACUCCAAAUGGUCACUAAAAGUGUACGUCCACAUACCUCUAUACCUUUUUUUUGAAUUAGUUUUAAGAAAUACACAGUAUGUAGUACAGUCAGGGCAAGAACUAUAGGUUUUUAAAAGCAAUAAUUCAGUUUUAAAGUAGUCAAACACUGAAGGCCAAUGAAUAAUUGCCAAAUUUUUCUUGAUUGCUAUGUGAGAUCUGAUUUGGAGAACAAUGAUAAAGGGAUGACUGGAAACUUUACCAAGUGUAUGAAGAACAUACUGAAUCAGUAUUCUUCAUACAUGUUUAGAAUCAUUGUUCUUAGAAUCAAAUGAUUGCUUAGACACUGUUCUUUUCUCCCUCCAUGAUCUAUUGUUUUUCAGUACACCUAUGGCAGCAUUCCUGUAGAUGGUUUGGCCAAUAGAGAUACAAGAGAGCAGUAGCAUAUGAGCCCAAGACAGGCAGAGUCCAUGUUUCCUCCCCAUUCAGACCAGUCUAUCUUUACUUUCCAGGUUCUGCCCUCCAAGGCACUAGGGAAUGUAACCAAGCCUCUUCCUUCUCAGGUUAGGGACUCAGGAUCAAAGGUCACAGGGAUUUUAAUGGCUCCCUCUGUGUAAUCACCUGAUCAGUUUUAUUGAUUCAGUGUCGAUGGAGUCGUCUAAUUAGUUUUCUAUGAAAACGAAGAACUUGGCCUUUGACCUUUCUUUCUGCCAGCAAGAAUGUAAAUCAAAGGGCGUUGUCAUGCACUAUUGAUUCCCAGUUGCACUUGAGGGGAAAGGAGGCAAGCACAUGAGUUAGGCCUGACAGCUGCAGACCAGGGGUGUCAUAGUCCUCUUUUGACAUGUAUCUGAAAGAAGAUGAAUAUUCAAAAGGGGAGGGGAGGAAGCAGCUUUCUAUGUAGCAAAGGGACAUCUAGCCAUUAAAGAAUCAGCAAGCUGGAGAGAGCUUUUGGGGUAUAGCAAACUUUUCGGACAUAGUCUACAGUGUUGAUUUAUUACUAAAUAGUCUAUAGUUUGAUUUAUUACUAAAUGUUUGACUUUCGUAUUGCCAAGGUGGGGCUAAAUCACACAAUCAUGAGUUCCUCCAUUUCCAAAGAAUAUCCUGAGUAUAUUCUGUGUUGGUAACAAAACUUAAAUUCUUUGAUCUAUAUAUAUUAUACAUAAAUACAGGUAUUUUCUAUUUUGCAUAAUUUAUUCUACUAAGAAAAUACCAUUAGUAGAUUUUCAAAGAACCUCUCUGAUACCUCAACCUGUUAUGGCUUGGAGGUCUCAACUUAGUUAAUUCUCCCACCCAAAUCUACUCCCAAUUAAAACAUACGAAGAACAGUCGCAUGAACUGGGUAUGUCUAGUUUAAUGAAAAGAAGGACUAGGGGAGACAUGAUAGCAGUGUUCCAAUAUCUCAGGGGCUGCCGCAAAGAAGAGGGAGUCAAGCUAUUCUCCAAAGAACCUGAGGGUAGGACAAGAAGCAAUGGGUGGAAACUAAUCAAGGAGAGAAGCAACUUAGAGAAAUUUUUUGUAUGGGAUAAUAAUGCUUUUUUAAAAAAUAACCAGCAUUUAUUUAGCUCGCUGCUUCAAAUGUUCAAUGGAACUGACACAACUGUCAUAUCAGAAAGCACUUCUAGAUGGUAGAAACAAAAACUGAGCCAUCAACAACAUUACAAUAAAAAUGAGAUCUUCACAUUUCUCAAUAUCUAUGCAGAACACAGAGGGAUUUGCUUCUAAGUAAAUAGGAAGAGUUGUGCU